AUGACAUUAAAUUCUUCAUCGGUUUCUGGGUCCUCAUCAGCUUCACCCAACAAUGAUUCGGAAAUUGCAGAUUUGGAAACAUCAACUACCUCUCAAGUGGAUCACUCCAGCGGAACCACCGACCACAGUGGAAAAAGGCUCAUCAUUCAAAAGAUGGUUCUCAAGAAUUUCAAAUCAUAUGCUGGUAAAAGAGAAAUUGGUCCGUUUGACAAGAGUUUCACAUGUGUCGUUGGACCAAACGGAUCAGGAAAAUCCAAUGUUAUUGAUGCCAUUCAAUUCGUGUUCGGAAAGAAGGGUAAAAAAUUGAGACUGAAAAAGCUUUCAGAAUUAAUUCAUAGCUCUAAGAAUUUUCCAAAUCUUGAAGAAGCCAGUGUUUCCGUGCACUUUGCAGAGAUUUUUGUGAGCAACGAUAACAUCAAUAGUAACGAAAUUGUUCCAGAUUCAGAAUUUAUUGUAAAAAGAACAGUCAAUAAGAGCAGUGUUUCAACCUAUUACAUAGAUAGUAGAAAAAGCACAUAUACAGAGGUUACAAAUCUUCUCAAAUCCAAGGGAAUUGAUUUGGAAAAUAAUAGAUUUUUAAUUCUUCAGGGAGAGGUUGAACAAAUUUCUCUCAUGAAACCAAAGGCCCCAUCAGAAAACGAAGAUGGUUUACUGGAAUAUAUCGAAGAUAUUAUUGGAACAAAUAAGUAUGUGGAGAAGAUUGACCAAUCAUUGGUGGAGGUUGAACAAUUAAAUGAAAAGAGGCAAGAAAAGCUCAAUCGAGCGAAUGGAGCCAAGAAAGAAAAGGAGGCUUUGGAGGAACCUAUGAAUGAAGCGAUCAAAUAUUUGAAAAAGAAACGAGAUCUUGUUGAAAAAUAUCACUUGCUUGCUCAGAAGCAGCUUUAUGAUGCCUCUCAAAGAUUGUCACAAAAACAAGACGAGAGCUCCAAGCUCAAGGCACAGCAUGAAGUCGAGAAGGAAAAGCUUUCACAGAUCGAUACUGAAAUUUCCAAAAAAGAAGAAGUAUUUAAGAAUUGCAAGAAAGAGCUAGAAUUAAUUUCUAAAAAACUACAAAAGCAAAAAAGCAAGUUUUCUGAAUUUGAGAAUAAGGACGAAAAAUUGAAAGAGGAUUUGAAAAUCACGAAAAAUAGAAAACAACAAUUAGAGAAGAAUCUCAAGUCGAGUGGAGAUAAAAAAGAUGAUUUGCGACAAAAGAUCGAUGAAUGCGAGAGUACGGAGGAAAGUCUCAAGAGAGAACUUUCUAAACUUACACCAGAUCUUGAAAAAGCUACACAAAAGGUCGAUGAGAUAUAUCAACAAUGUCAAAAAGAAAUAAGCAAAUUAUCUCAGCAGAAAGAGGAAAAAAACAAGCAACUUGCUCCAUAUAAACAGAAGGAAAAUGAAAUUAAGGAAAAAAUUUCAUUGGUUGAAUCAGAGAUCAAGCUGGUACAGGAGAAAAAAGACAGCGUCAAAAAGGAGUAUGACAGGAAGAAAUCAGAGUUGGAGAAACUAAACAUCCAACGUACGACUAAAAAAGAAGAAAUCACUAAAAACAAAAAGAUACAAGCUAACAAUAUCAAUAGGAUAAAGGACGAAAGAGAGCGACUAAGCAGUAUCGAACAUAACAUGGGUGAUACGGAAAAGAAGGUUAUUGAACUGAGGCAGCGUUAUUCGACCUUGAAAACCGAUCAACAGAAUAGUAUUUCACAGAAUAGGAUUGUUCAGGCUUUGCUUAACGAAUCAAACAUUGAAGGUGUGUGUGGCAGAUUGGGAGAUUUGGGAACCAUCGACUCAAAGUAUGAUAUUGCAAUUUCAACGGCAUGUGGUUUUUUGAAUAGUAUCGUCGUUGAGACGACAGCAGCUGCAACAGAAUGUGUUGAAUACUUGAAAAAGCAUGGAUUAGGUGUUGCCACAUUCAUUAUUCUUGAAAAGAUCAAUCCUCCUCAGACUCUUCCUGAAAAUUCCAUUCCUGAAAAGGUACCACGCCUCUUUGAUCUUAUAACCCCAAACGAAGAACGUUUCAGAAGUGCUUUUUAUUAUGGUGUACAGAAUACCCUUGUAGCAGCCGAUCUGGAACAGGCUUCUAGAAUAGCUUACAACAAGCAGAAGAGAUGGAGAGUUGUGUCACUGAAGGGCGACCUUAUAGAAGAGUAUGGUACCAUGAGUGGUGGAGGUAAAACAAUCCUUAAAGGACUCAUGACCCUUUCGGGAAAUGCCAAGAAAAUUGUUAGAAUAUCCGAGAAGGAGAUUAUCGAAGCAAAAUCUAGUUUAGAAAUAGCAGAGCAAGACUAUUUGCAAAAACAGUACAAACGACAAAGUAUUUCUCAGGAACUCAAAAGGUUGGAAGCAGAGAAUUCCAACAUUGACAUGCGCUUAAAAGAAAUUUCACUUGACAUUGAAUCCAUUGAAAAAACUACUAUCGAUUUGCAAAACCAAAUGAAAAACAUGGAAAAGGAUCUCAAGAAAGAGAGUAACAAAGAGCAUGAUGAUCGGUUGUCUGACCUGAACAAUGAAUUGGAUGAAUAUAAAAAGGAGUUGGAAGAUCAUAGAAGAAAAUUCAAAUCUUUAGAAGCAGAUAUGGAAAAGCUCAUUCUUCAAAUUGAGAACGUGGGAGACGGAAAACUCAAAAUGCAAAAGGAUAUUGUAAAAGAGCUAAACAACAAAAUUGAUGAUGCCAACCUGAAGCUUAACAAGGUCCAGGUCCAAAGAGAGUCCUACGAAAAGAGUCUCAAAAAGCUUGAAAAGCAGCUAAAGUCUGAACAAGAAGAAUUUGACAACAUUGGCAAAAAAAUAGAGGACAUUGAGACAAAGAGAAAGCUCAUUGAAGAAGAGGCGGCUCCAAUCAUGAUGGAAAUAUCUGAUCUUGAAGAAACGCUCAAAGAAAAAGAGAAGGAAACGACACAGAAAGAGAGUGAGUGUGAACAAGUGCGAAAACAAUUCACUAAAGCUCGAGAGAAAGAACUUGAACUUAAGAAUGCAUUGGAAGACUGUAUCAAAGAGGUUAAGGAAAUUGAGAGGUUGGUCCUAAAAAGACGAGAAGAGAUGGAAAAACAUGAAAAGUCCUACGACUCUGAAUUUGAAGCUCUUUUCGCGCUAGAGAAUGCAGAACAAAACGAAUCUGGAAAGAAGAAAGUGAAGGAAGAGCGAAAGGAGAAAGAAGACGACGAGAUGGACACCUCUGACGAUCGGGAAGAGACCAACGACCAUUCUCAAGAAGAUGGCAAUAGGAUGCAAGACGACGAUGACGAUGACAUGGGUAAAAGCUUUAGUACAAAAUUGACAAGAAAGAAAAAGCAAGAUCUUCAACACGUGAACGUUCAAACAUUGAAUUACGAUAUCACUAUUCUCGUUUCUGAGUUGGAGAAGAUGAAACCUAAUCUUUCUGCUAUCGAAGAUUACAAAAAGAAAGAGGAGGAUUACAAGCUCAAAGUUAAAGACUUUGAACAAGUGACCAUUGAGAGAAAUAAGGCCCAAAAAUUGUAUGAGGAACUACGAAGAAAGCGUCUAGAUGAGUUUAUGAGAGGCUUCACUUCGAUCACAAUGAAAUUGAAAGAGAUUUACCAAACCAUUACUUUGGGAGGUGAUGCUGAAUUGGAACUUGUUGACAGUUUAGAUCCAUUUUCAGAAGGAAUUGUUUUUUCCGUUAGACCACCAAGAAAGAGCUGGAAGAAUAUUUCAAAUUUAUCUGGAGGUGAGAAAACCUUGUCUUCUCUUGCUCUGGUAUUUGCUUUGCACCACUACAAACCAACCCCAAUAUAUGUGAUGGACGAAAUUGAUGCAGCACUUGACUUUAGGAAUGUCUCCAUUGUAGCAAACUAUGUCAAAGAGAGAACCAAAAAUGAUGCUCAGUUCUUAAUUAUCAGUUUGAGAAACAACAUGUUCGAAUUGGCAAAUACUCUGGUUGGUAUUUACAAAACGAACGAUGUUACCAAGUCUGUAACAAUCAAUCCUUCGUUAUUAUCUGUGCCAAAAGGAACAAAUAAGACAAGUACUGAACAAGAGUAA